GAAAGAAACGAAUUCCAUUGCUCAUAGUUUGCUAUGUCUCCAACAGAUCAUAAUCUGAAAGCUCAGCUUUCUGAUAUCCAGAAGCGGAUGUCGGAGACGAUGUUCAACUCUCCAAAGAGGCCUUCUCAACAGAAGGACCGCGAUACUCCAGAGAAGUCAGCGUCCCCGGUGGCUGGUUCAGCCGAAGAUAAGGACAAGUCUGGCGGCAAGACCAAGGGGCUUUCUCUUGUUUCUAGAAGGGACAAGAGAACGUCGCUUCCACCGAUUGACGGCAGUAGAGCGCUUUCGACCCAGAAGGGAUCUGCAAAGGAUCUUGACUUUGCAGUUGGUUUGAGUGAGAACUUGCUUCAAGAGUGCAGAAGGCUAAAUGCCGAGAAUGAGAGUAAGAACCAAAAGUUGAAGACGUUCCAAGAAGAACUCCUCAAGAUGAAGUCUAGCAAUGCGAAUUUACUCGCCAAACUUAACGAUACCAUGGCCAACGAGGAGAGAUUCAAAGAUUCUAACUGGGAAUUGGAGAUGAAGUUGCAACAGCUGACAGAGGAGUACAAAUCUAUUUCCGAGAAUUAUCAAAAGUCACAGAAAGAGAUGAAUAAGCACAUUGAUUUGUCAAACUCGAUUAGAAGUGAACUUGAAGAGAUGAACCUGAAUAAAUCUUCACUGGAGAAGGAAUAUUCAUCUACUAAGCUAACUAGUGCAACAGAAAUUCAAGACCUCAAGUCACAUGUCGAUGAGCUGAACGACGAAAAUACCAAAUUGAAUGAUGAGAUUGACGAAUUGAGACGUGAAUUGGAAGAAGCGAAGAAGAAGCCUUCCAAAGUUCAACUUUCCGGAAUUCCAUCGCUCCAACCUGUUGAAGACUCUGAUUCUGAAAGCGAACUUCAAGAACCUUCCAUCUCACCUGUAAAGACAGUGGCGUUGAACAACAACGCCUUAGAGGCUGAGACGCUGAGAUCAUCAUUGCAAAGUGCCCAUCACACCAUUGCAAAGCUUAGAGGACAAAUUUUAAAAUUGCGUCAAGGUGAGCUCUCUUCUAAGCAACAAGCCCAGCAAUCAAGUCCACCUUCAAAGAGAUCAAUUCCUUUACUCAAGAAAAACAUUAAAGGACUUGGAGACUUCUCUAAAGGAAACCUUCAAAUCAGAGGGAAUUCAAAUAGGGGUUCCACAGUGAUUUAUGAUGAUUCAUCAGAUAUUGAUGAUGAUUGGGAGGUUACGGGAGGAAGCUCUCUGGAGCCAUCCCCUUCGAAGCAAUCGAAGAGACCCACUUCUGUGGUAUCUGACUCCAAGGAGCUCAUUGACGAUUCAGGAUCUGAUUACGAUGAGGAUAUACCCGUUGCUCCAUUGUCUGCUGAACUUCAAACAAUCUCUGAGGAAGCAGCAGCCAACUAUGCUAAACAGAACAACUUGGUCUUGGUUCCUCUAGUGGAGUUUAACUCUUUUACUGAUGCUUCCAAUCUAUUACCUUUCAAAGAACAGGAAAUUAUUUCAUUGAAGGGUAAACUCAGCGAGCUAGAGUCCAAAGAGAAGGAGUACAUUUCAUCUCAUGAAGUCACCGAGAGUAAACUGAAAGCCAAAUCUGUAGAGCUUGAUACUGCCAAGAAGUCGUUAGAUUCUCUCAAUACUGAACAUGCCGAGAAGGUAUUUACAUUGGCAAGCUUGAAUGAAAAGCACGACAACUUGAAAUCAGAACUAGAGGCCUCACAUGCAGAACUCAAGUUGAAGACUGAAGCUAACGCUGAACUUGAAACAAAGUUGGCAAACCUGACUGAAGAGAAAGCCAAGGAGCUGGAAACUGUUAAGAGAAACUUGAAUUUGAAUGAAGAGACAUUUAAGGAGAAGUUAUCCGUGUCUGAUGCUGUGAUUGCAGAUUUGAAGACCAAGUUGACUGAUAUCACAUCAAAAUAUGAUGAGUUAUCGACUGUGUUAGCAACAACUCAACAAAAAUUGGAGACAGCUGACAACGAAAAGACUUCUUUACAGGAACAUAUGGACAACCCAUCGAAUGAGUUUUUAUCUGAGAAAGCAGCUAAGCAAGGUCUGGUUGUCAUUUCCAAGGGAACACACGAUGAAAUUGUCGCUAAAUCCAAUAGAAGUAUCGAUGAUCUUGCCAGAGAGAACAAUUUGAAGGUCUUGAAAACUGAUGAGUAUGAUGUGCUUUCUAAGAAGGCUGAGGAACCUUCUAUUGAACACUUGUCUGAGCAUGCGCAGAAACAAGGUCAUGCCAUCCUUCACAAGGAUGAGCUUACUAAUCUAAAGACAAAAGCAGAGAAGUCCAUCACAGAGAUAGCUAAGGACAACAAUGCUGUGGUCAUUCCCGACUCAGAAUACAAAGAGCUCUUAAGAAAGUUGAACAAUCCAACACAAGAGGAGAUCAAGGCUCUUUCAGAGUCAUAUGGCCUGACAUCAAUCACUCAAUCUGAAUACGAUAACUUAAUUCGUAGGGCUGAAAAGCCUUCUGUUGAUGAAAUUACUUCCCGAGCUGGUUCACUUGGGCUUGCAAUUCUUUCUGCAACUGAACUCGAAUCUCUUAAGACAGCUUCGAUCAAACUUGCUGAUGAGACUGAACGUGUGAAGUCUUUGAAUUCCGACAUUUCAUUACUCAAGGAAGAGGCAUCAAAGAAGGAUUCCUACAUAGAUGAGCUAACCACUUCUUUGAAUGAAAAGGAAGAAUAUCUGAAGAAAGAACCUGUGUUGCCGAAAUCUUCUCUUUUAAAACAAGUUGGUGCUCUAGGUCUCGUGGCACUUCCUGUUAUGGAGCACAAGAAGCUAGCUGAACCAACGAAAGAAGACAUCGUCAAGCAGGCAUCUAAACAUGAAUUAACUUUGAUGUCAAACUCAGAUUUCAACGAACUGAAAUCAAAGGCUUCAAAGACUGUCGAAGACCUAGCUGCUGAGCAGAAGAAGCAAGUACUGUCUGAAUCUGAUUACAGUAAUCUGUUGAAUCCAAGUGUCACUGAGAUAGAAAAACAAGCUAAGAGCCAUGAUCUUGUUGUCGUCAACAAGAAUGAUUUUGAAUUGCUACAAGAGAAAUCCAAAAAGACCUUAGACGAUCUUGCUAAAGAGUCAGACUCUGUUGUGUUAUCACAGGAAAAGUACAAAAAGCUCGUCUCACCAACGAUAGAGGAUUUGGAAGCACAUGCCAAAUCACAAGACAGUGUUAUCAUCUCAAGAAAUGCUUUGGAUGAACUUACGACGAAAUCACAGAGAACAUUGGACGAUCUUGCAAACGAGUCAGGCGCGAUUGUACUAUCUAAAGAUGCACAUAAUGAACUUCUCAGUCCUUCGAAGGAUAAACUAUUGGAAUUGGCUACUGGUGCUGGCUUGGUCGCUUUAAGCACUAAUGAGCACGAGCAAUUGAAGUCACUCACCACAAGGCCAACCGUGGAAUUCCUUUCACAGAAAGCUGAAGAAUUGAAUAUGACUCUUGUUGAUAAGGAUCGCUUUGCAGAUUUAUCUGCUGCUGCUAACAAGAGCAUAGAUGACUAUGCAAAGGACAACAAUCUUGUACUGCUCUCAAAUGAGGGCUACGAAAAACUUUUGCACCCAUCUACCGAAAAAUUACAGAGUCUUGCCGAAGAAGCGGACCUUGUUGUUGUUCCACACUGUGAGUUUUCCAAGUUGAAGGACCCAGAAAAACUUGAAGUUAAAGAUAUAGAGAAACGCCUCGGUGUCCUUGGUUAUACUGCCGUUGAUGAGGAACAUCUCAAAUCGCUUAAAGAACCGGGGGAAGAUCAAGUUAUUCAAUUGUGUGAGAAAUAUAACCUUCACCCGAUUGCUAAGGAUGCAUUCGAACAACUCAGUUCAAAGGAUCACGUCUUAGAACGUGCAGAGAGUCUUGGUUUUGUUUCUGUUCCACGCGAGGAAUACUAUAGCUUGAAGUCUCGUGCUGAUGAACCUGAUAGAGCUACAGUUGAGUCACAAGUUGAGAAAUUGGGUUGUGCUAUGGUUGGCAAGAAGGAAUAUGAAGCUUACUUGAAGUCAUCGUCUUCUAUUUCGAAAGUAGAACUCGAGGCUAAGGCACAAAAAAUUGAUCAUGUUCUGGUACCAGCUGCGGAGUUCCAAGAGCUCAUGGAAUUGAAGGAGCCUACAAUUCCAACUGAGUCUCCAACAACACCGACAAGCAAAUUCCAUCAAACGAAGGAGUACUUUGAGAACGUUCACAAGUCGAACGAGAAAGAGUCAAGUAAAGCUAAGGUAUUUGAAUCUGCUAAAUCUCUUGGCUUUGUUCCCGUUGCUGCUGAUGAAUACAAGCAUUUGAUUGAGCACCAGAAGGAUCAUGUGAUUACGAAAUCUGAUAUCUAUACAUGUUCGAAAGAUUUUGGUUUAACGGUUCUCCCAUCUGAUGAAUACAAGAACCUGUUGAAAUCACGCCAGAAAGAUGAUAUAACGUUAGCAGAACUCCAAAGAUAUGCUAAACAGUUUGAUAUGACACUGGUCAACCUUGGGUCAGAAGGGACAAGUUCACCUCCAGAGACCAAUAGCAUCUUUUUAGGGCAGAACCACUCGAUGUCCACCAUUUCUUCUACAAUAAACGAGAGUGAUUUCACGGAUGCUCUAUCACGUCAACCAUCGAAUGCCUCAACCAUUCACGCAGCUGGAGCAACAAUUGGCUCAAUGACUGUUGAUGAGCUCAGAGUCCAAGCUUCGGCCAAUGGAUACAAGCUGGUCAGACUUGGUGAAGAGGAAUUGGCUGAACCAAGAUCAUUAUCCAAUGAUUCUAGUAGUGUAUAUUACACAGGAGCUGAUGAUAACGAUUAUGACACUGAUCAUGAGGUAGAGAGCCACCAUGAUACUGUUACAGUUGAUGAAGUACCUGCUCAAACUAAGGAAGCUCUGACAGAGAGUGCAUCGAAAAUGGGAUUAGUUGUUCUUGAGAAGCCAGAUCUUGAAAGCUUAUCCAACUCUCUUGCUAGAGUUCAACUUGAUGCUAGAGCCAAGGACCUUGACCUCGUGAAUGAAAACGGUGGUGAAUUUAUCUCUGCUGAAAAUCCGGAAGUGCACAAGAUCCGUGAGAUUUUUGCUGCAGCUGGUUUGCACGUUUUGUCUGAUGAGCAGCUGCAGUCUGUUGAACAAACAGCAAAGUCUAGUGUUAAACCUGAAGAUGUUGUUGAUCAGUCUAAUGUUGUUGACGUUGGAUCAUCUUUGGGUAUGAAGGUGAUUCCUGUUACUGAAUACGAGAAGGCACUAGAAGGAGCAAAACCUACGAAAGAAAGCAUUGUAUCAUCAGCAGCAGCAUUUGGACUUGUCGCAGUGGACAAGAAGGAAUACCGUGACAUGCAGCUGAGAGCAGAAUCCCACAAGCACAGUUCAGGUCUUGGUAUUGGUGCUGGUAUUGGACUCACAGCAGGCUCUCUUGCGGCAAUCUCUGCUGGUGCAGCUGGAUUUGCAAGCCCAUCAGUAGCUAGUUCAGCAGGUAAUGUGGGUGCGAAGGAAGCUGUGGCAGCACCCGUUAACAAGUUACCAACAGAAGAGCCCACAAAGGCUGAAGCCCUCAAGAGUAUUCAAGCUCACGGUCUUGUUGCACUUGACUCAUCUGAGGUUGAUGCUUUGAAGCAGAAGGCCAUUCUGGCUUCUGACUCCAAGCACAUGGUGAAGACUUUGGAGGCUAGUGGUAUGUCUGUUAUUGCCAGUUCAGACCUAGAGUCUUUAAAGAACAAGGCUAACCAGGAACCAAUCAUUUUGACUAAAGAUGAUCUCAUUGAUAAGCUUCAAGAACAGGGACUGACUGUUAUUGAACCUGCAAAGCUUGAGUCUUUGAAGGAGAAGGCAAAUGACGCAAAAUCUUUAACUAGAGACGAUAUUGUGGAAAAAGCUCAGGAACAAGGAUUAGCAGUUAUUGAACCUAUGGAGCUGGAAUCCUUAAAGAACAAGGCCAACCAGGAACCAGUGAUUUUAACUAAAGAUGAUCUAGUUGAAAAGGUCCAAGAACAGGGAAUGGCUGUUAUUGCACCUUCGGAGCUUGAGAUUUUGAGGGAAAAGGCUAAACAGGCCCCACCUGUUUUGAGCGAGGAUGAUCUAGUUGAGAAGGUUCAACAACAAGGCUUGGCUGUUAUUUCACAUGAAGAGCUUGAAUCAUUGAAGGAAAAAGCAAAAGAACCAGUUCCUUUGACUAGAGAUGAGAUUGCUGAAAAAGCUCAGGAGCAAGGCCUAACAGUUAUUGAACCUAUGGAGCUAGAGUCCUUGAAAAUGAGAGUGGAGGAACCACUCGUUUUGACGAAAGAAACUCUUGUUCAACAAGCCCAACAACAAGGUUUGGCUGUUAUUGAACCUGUUGAACUGGGGACAUUGAAGCAGACAGCAGAAAAGAAAAUCUCACAAGAUGAUGCAGUCGAGGUUGUUAAGAGUCACGGUCUUGUUGUCAUUGCACCAGAAGAAUUGGAAGAUUUGAAGAAGGACACCCAAGCCUCUACCCUAAGCAGAUCUCAGAUUGAGGAAGGUGCAUUGGCUCUUGGUUUGGUCACUAUAUCGAAGGAUGAAUUUGCCAAUAUUAAGGCUAAGGAGCAACCAGUCACUGGACAGACAAGAGAUCUUACGAGUACCGAUAGUCUCACCCAAUCGGCUAUUGGGGCUACUUCUGAUACUAUCGGGACUACAGGCGCUGCUAUCACCACUGGUGCUUUUGCUACUGAUAAAUCUAACGUUGAGAAGGAUGUUGCACAUGAGAAAGUGGUUUCAUCAGAUGAUGUUGAAUCAUGGGCAAGACAACAUGAUUUGUUGCUGAUCCCAGAACAAUCGUUCAUUGCCACGAACGUUUCCAGAAUCCCUGACCCUCAGAAUGUUGUUGUGCUACCAACUACUUAUUACAACAAGUUGACCAAAUCUGAGGUAUUCACAUUGGACAAGAUCACCAAUGAUGAGUUACAAGCACAGGCAAAGAAGAGAGGAUUCCACCUUGUCUCCGGUGAUGCUGGUAUUCAUGCGGGAACCAGUACCUUAUCCAGAAAGAACAGUCUCGUCUCUAUCUCUUCGGGCCAAUCUCGUAAGAAUAUGGCAGAGCAUGCACAGGCUGCUGCUAGGGACGAUUUCGAUCAACACACCAGACUUUCUCGUGUCACUUCUAGAAACUCCAAAACCAACCGUUCAAGAACGAGUUCCAAGGGACCUCCACCUUCGUCGUUAUCGCGUGACGCUUCUGUCGAUGGUGGGCUGUCAUUGAUGACCAAUGCGUCGUUAUCUGAACCAAAGAUCAUCCCAGCGUUGACACAGACAGUCAUUGGUGAAUACGUCUACAAGUACUACCGCCGUCUAGGGCCUCUGAGCUCAAUUUCAGAAACUCGUCACGAGAGAUACUUCUGGGUCCACCCAUACACGUUGACACUCUACUGGUCUACUACUAACCCUGUCCUGGGUAACCCUUCAAACCACAAGACACGCGCAGCUGCUAUCAUCAGCGUGGAGAGUGUCGAUGAUAAUAAUCCAUUACCUGCUGGCCUGUACCACAAGAGCAUCGUGGUUCAUUCACAGUCCCGUUCUGUCAAGUUCACCUGUUCUACAAGACAACGUCACAACAUUUGGUAUAACUCCUUAAGAUAUCUGAUUCAAAGAAGCACUGAUGGACUCGACUUUGAUGAUGACCUCUACAUAGGCAUACCACCAGCUGUAUAGGCUCGCUUGCCUCACAUACCUGUAACAUUAAAC